AUGGCCCUUGAAUAUUCUUCAUCCUACUCCUUACUCUCUCGACUCAUUAUCACUCCUUACUUCUUCAUAUUUCUCCUUUUCCUUCUGUACUCAAUAUCAUCAUUCCAUGUCACUUCUAUAUCUACCUCUACACCUUCCACUUCUCUUUUAAAAGUUGAACAAGAUCAAGAAGCAUUUGCUCUUCUAACAUGGAAGGCCAAUUUUGAUAAUCAAACCCAAUCUUUCCUCUCUUCUUGGUCUGGACACAAUUCUUGCCAUCACUGGUUUGGAGUAACUUGUCACAUGUCAGGAAGUGUCUCCAAUUUAGAACUUGACAAUUGCGGUUUGAGAGGUACACUCCACAAUCUCAAUUUCUCAUCACUCCCUAACCUUCUCACUCUUAAUCUUUAUAACAACUCCCUUUAUGGAACCAUUCCAAUCGACAUUGGUAACUUGAGGAACUUAACCACUUUGUACCUUGAUACAAACAAACUAUCUGGUUCUAUUCCUCAAGAGAUUGGAUUGUUGACAUCACUUAAUGAUCUUGAGUUGUCAAAUAACAAUCUCACCGGUCCAAUCCCUCCUUCCAUAGGUAACUUGAGGAACUUAACCACUUUGUACCUUGACACAAACAAACUAUCUGGUUCUAUUCCUCAAGAGAUUGGAUUGUUGACAUCACUUAAUGAUCUUGAGUUGUCUAAUAACAAUCUCACCGGUCCAAUCCCUCAUUCCAUAGGUAACUUGAGGAACUUAACCACUUUGUACCUUCAUACAAACAAACUAUCUGGUUCUAUUCCUCAAGAGAUUGGAUUGUUGACAUCACUUAAUGAUCUGGAGUUGGUAGUUAAUAGUCUCACUAGUCCGAUCCCUCCAUCCAUUGGAAACUUGAGAAAUUUAACCACUUUAUAUCUUCUUGAGAACAAUCUCACUGGUCCAAUCCCUCCAUCCAUUGGAAACUUGUCUGGCUUAAACUUUUUGGCCCUUUAUUACAACAGACUCAGUGGUGCCAUUCCUCCAGAAAUGAAUAAUAUCACUCAUUUGAAAUCUUUGCAAAUGGCUGAGAAUAACUUCAUUGGUCACCUACCACAAGAGAUAUGCCUUGGUAAUUCUCUUGAAAAAGUUUCAGCCCAAAUGAACCAUUUCACUGGUCCUAUUCCAAAGAGCUUGAAAAUUUUCACUAGCUUAUUCAGAGUUAGGCUUGAAAAAAACCAACUUACUGGAGACAUAGCCGAAAGUUUUGGUGUAUACCCUAAUCUAAAUUAUAUUGAUCUGAGCAAUAACAAUUUUUAUGGUGAGCUUUCUGAGAAAUGGGGGGAGUGCCACAUGCUCACAAACCUGAACAUCUCCAACAACAAAAUUUCUGGUGCUAUACCACCUCAACUUGGGAAAGCAAUUCAACUGCAACAACUUGAUCUCUCCUCAAAUCAUCUAAUUGGGAAGAUCCCAAAAGAAUUGGGUAUGUUUCCCUUAUUGUUCAAAUUGUUGCUAGGCAACAACAAACUUUCAGGAAGUAUUCCUCUGGAAUUGGGAAACUUAUCCAAUCUUGAAAUCCUUGACUUGGCAUCAAACAACUUAAGCGGUCCAAUUCCUAAGCAACUGGGAAACUUCUGGAAAUUAUGGUCCUUGAACUUGAGCGAGAAUAGAUUUGUGGAUGGCAUUCCUGACGAAAUUGGAAAGAUGCAUCAUCUUGAAAGUCUCGAUCUUAGUCAAAAUAUGUUGACAGGAGAGAUGCCACCGCUGCUUGGAGAAUUACAGAACCUGGAAAUGUUGAAUCUCUCCCACAACGGGCUCUCUGGCACCAUCCCACACACGUUUGAUGAUUUGAUAAGUUUGACAGUUGCUGAGAUAUCCUACAAUCAAUUGGAAGGUCCUCUCCCCAACAUCAAAGCCUUUGCUCCAUUUGAGGCAUUCAAAAAUAAUAAAGGUCUGUGUGGUAAUAAUGUCACUCAUCUCAAGCCAUGUAGUGCUAGUCGAAAGAAGGCCAACAAGUUUUCUAUUUUGAUCAUAAUACUCCUUAUUGUGAGCCCUCUAUUGUUCUUAUUUGCUUUUAUUAUCGGCAUUUAUUUUCUUUUCCAAAAAUUGAGGAAGAGAAAAACCAAGUCUCCAAAAGCAGAUGUUGAAGAUCUAUUUGCAAUAUGGGGUCAUGAUGGGGAAUUGUUGUAUGAGCACAUCAUACAGGGGACUAGCAAUUUCAGUUCGAAACAGUGUAUUGGCACUGGAGGAUAUGGUACUGUUUACAAGGCUGAGUUGCCAACAGGUCGGGUUGUUGCUGUGAAAAAGCUUCACUCAUCAGAAGAUGGAGAUAUGGUUGAUGUGAAAGCUUUCAAAAGCGAGAUUCAUGCUUUAACACAGAUAAGGCAUCGCAAUAUCGUCAAGCUUUAUGGCUUCAGUUCAUUUGCAGAGAACUCGUUUCUGGUUUAUGAGUUUAUGGAAAAUGGGAACUUGAGAAACAUUCUAAGCAACGAUGAAGAAGCAGAAAAAUUAGAUUGGAUUAUGAGGCUAAAUGUUGUUAAAGGCGUGGCUAAAGCUUUAUCCUAUAUGCACCAUGAUUGCUCACCUCCGAUAAUUCAUCAAGACAUAUCGAGCAACAAUGUUUUGUUAGAUUCAGAAUACGAAGCUCAUGAAUCUGACUUCGGCACAGCUAGGCUUUUAAAGUCAGACUCAUCUAAUUGGACUUCAUUUGCAGGAACUUUUGGUUAUACUGCUCCAGAACUUGCUUUUACGAUGAAGGUGGAUAAUAAAACCAAUGUUUAUAGCUUCGGUGUUGUAACAUUGGAAGUAAUUAUGGGAAGGCAUCCUGGAGAACUAAUCUCGUCCCUGUUAUCAUCAGCGUCCUCAUCAUCCUCAUCUCCAUCAAUUGUGGACCAUCGCCUAUUGAAUGAUGUGAUGGACCAGCGCCCCUCACCUCCUGUGAAUCAAGUGGCUGAGGAAGUAGUGGUUGCAGUGAAGUUGGCAUUAGCAUGCUUGCAUGUUAAUCCCCAGUCUCGACCAACUAUGCAACAAGUUGUUCGAGCACUCUUAACACAGUGGCCACCAUUUUCAAAAUCGUUCCACACUAUUACGUUGGGUGAGCUGCUGGGUCAUGGUCAUGGGGGUGAAACUAGCUGA